GUUCCCUUGAGUUGAGUCUUAUACAUUACAAACUUUUUUCUCCCUCUCUUAUCUCUUUCUUUAUUUUCUCACAUAUCAAAAACUUCUCCCUCUUUCCAGACAUAUCAUAUCCUUCACGCAAACUCAUUGACCAUUUAUUUGUUUAAUAUUAGCUCAACAAUUGACUUCAAAGCCUUCACUUACCUUAGAACUAUAGCACAUAAUACUACCAUGGGAAGAGCACCUUGUUGUGAAAAGAAUAAUGGCCUCAAAAGAGGACCAUGGACACAAGAGGAAGACCAAAAACUUAUAGAUUAUAUUCAAAAACAUGGUUAUGGCAACUGGAGAUUACUCCCAAAGAAUGCUGGAUUACAAAGAUGUGGAAAGAGUUGUCGUCUACGUUGGACAAACUAUCUCCGACCGGAUAUAAAGAGAGGACGAUUCUCUUUUGAAGAAGAAGAAACCAUAAUUCAGCUGCAUAGCAUACUUGGCAACAAGUGGUCUUCAAUUGCUUCUAGGCUACCAGGAAGAACAGACAAUGAAAUCAAGAAUUAUUGGAACACUCACAUUAGGAAAAGACUCUUAAGAAUGGGAAUUGAUCCUGUGACACAUAAUCCACGUUUUGAUCUUUUGGACCUAUCUUCUAUCCUAAAUUCAUCUCUCUAUGCCUCUACCUCAUCAUCACAAAUGAACAUCCAAAGGCUAAUUGGUACACAAUCAAUAGUGAACCCUGAGAUUCUAAAGUUGGCUUCAUCACUCUUCUCUUCUCAAAAUGGACAAGAGAAUCACCAAAUUGAUCACAAACAACAAAUUAGCUCACACAUGGAUCAAGAAGCAUGCACCAUGUUGUUGAAUCCACCUUUUGAUAAUAAUUCAAUGUCUUUCAUUCAAACACACUUGGAGAAUAUAUACUCAUCAUUUUUACCUGAAUUUGGCUUCCAACAACAUCAUGAAAAUGUUCAAUUAAAUUAUUUGCAUUGCAAUGGAAUUGCUUCAAGUAAUGUAACAGAGGAUUUUGUUCAUCAAUUACCAUGCUAUAACUACUUAAGUUCUGAUUAUCAUGCAAAUGAUUUAAAUGUGGACCCUCACAUAUCAGAAACUUCAACCUUUCAUUGCAAUAACAACAACCAGAAUUUUAAUUUCGCUUCAGUUCUAUCUACACCUUCAUCAAGUCCCACACAGUUGAAUUCAAAUUCUGCGAAUAUGAAUGAAAGCAGUAGUACUGAAGAUGAGACAGAGAGCUAUGUUAGCAAUAACAUGUUUGAAUUUCAUAUCUCAGAUAUCUUAGGUGUGAAUGAGUUCAUGUAAUAAUUUGGAUUAAACAAAAGUUUUAUUAUUUAAUUA